AGAGAAGCUAACCAAGCAAGAGACAGAUCGAGGCUGACAAAAUGUGGUUUAUGUAUAUUUUGAGCUGGUUGGCGUUAGCAAUACAGACAUCUUUCGUCACUUUGUCGAUUGCUGCAGGAUUGUAUUACCUGGCAGAACUUGUGGAGGAGUAUACAGUCAUCACAGCCAAAGUCAUCAAAUACAUGAUCUUUUUGACUAUUGGUGUGUUUCUCGGCCUACUAGUAUUUGAGGACCUUCCCUUGUCCAUGAUCAUCACUGGAUUAGCAGCAAAUAUUUCCUACUUUAUACAGCUGAGGAACUUCCCAUAUUUUGCUGUCACUGCUCCACCAUUCAUAAUUGCUGUGGGCCUAUUAUUGCUGAAUCACUAUCUGGCCUUCUCAUAUUUUGCUACAGUAUGGCAUCCAUUUUCAGAGGUUCUUGCGUACUUCACUAUCUGCCUAUGGUUGGUCCCAUUCGCAUUAUUUGUAUCGUUAUCAGCCAAUGAGUAUGUUUUACCCACAACAACAGAGACUCGACCAUUACAAGAAAGUGAUGGUACAGAUGUGGUUAGUCACUACUUCAAUCGACGAGGAAAGAAGUAUGGACUUUUGUCGUUCUUCAAAUACGCCCAGGAAAGUCUUUUACCACAGCGCAUCAAGAAGCAAUAUUAAUGGACUUCCAGCGAAUGACAUUGUGGUUUCAAACUUGUCUCCCUUUGAGAGAUAACUCUUCAUGAAAUCAUACGAGAAGAUGUGAAUGGAUAGAUUUGUAUACAUCGCCAGUCUGUGCCAAUAUUUUUAGUUAUGUACAGAAACACUCAGCGAACAAAUCUUUAUUUAUGUAUUUCAUGCUUUGCAACUGUGUGUAUUGAAAAUCCAAAUGGUCCUUCUGCCCAGGAAGGCAAAGCCUGCUUACAGUAUCUUUGUAGACCUGAAACAGAUUCGUUAAGUGUUGAUUCCUGAUAAUUAAGAUACUUGUUGUGAUGUAUGAGGUAUUAAGAGCCUGUUUAAUUACGUCAGACCUGUGAUAGUAAAUUAAGGCAUGCAAGACCAAGACAAUCUCACACGAGAAAGCACACUGUUAAUAACUAGGGUCUGUAGGGUAUUAUUAGUUCACAAACUAAGCAAACAACAGUUGCAUUUGUGAGCAUAUUUCUCUGAGUUUGACUUAAAAACAGCAUCACUUGAAUUUAUUUAUUUGUCCAGCUGGUCUGUUGGACCAUACUAAAAGACUAAGUCUCUUAUGACUUUUUGGAGGAAACCAUGGAUAGCCUUGAGGAAACAAUCAGAUUUCUCCAGUAUCCGACAAAAUCACCAGACUCAAAGCUGCAGCCAAAGCAGUGAGAGCCAAAAUCGAACAUGCAAUCUCAUUUUCCAAGGGUUACCCAAUGUCUCACGGGACAAGCCAUUCUGGAGAUCAGGCAAUGAUGGCUCUGUUGACGUAUUCCCAAUUGACUUUAUAAUCUUUUCCAUUAAAUGUUUGUGGCAUUUCUAAUCGCUAGUUUAUAUGAAAUUUUGCAUUAAUCUGUCUUCAAAAGGCCUGUUGAAUUAUGGUCAAAUAGUCGGGCCACAUGAGGCAUUUAGCAGAUGCGUAGAUUGUAGAAGGCAUUUCAAUUUGAAGACCUUCGGUAUUUUUGGAGUGAGAUGUGAAUGACAUGAUGCAAACAGUCAAGUAGCUAGGUUAGCUUUUUCACAUUUCUCAGCAACAGUAUUUAUGGUAUUGAAAACUUUAACGUUUAGAUGAUAUAUAUGGUGUGUGUCUAAUAGCAAAGCGAGCUGCAGCCAGAUGUGGUGUGUGGCGUUUACCUUACUAGCAACUGACAAGACUAAAAAAUGCCAUAAAUAAACAGUUCAUGUCCCUUUUGAUCAAACAAGGGUUAAUUUUGUAAUUUUUUUCACCCAUGUUUGCAAUAAAUUUUAUGAUUUUUAUCCCAACAGUCUGUGUGGAUUUCAUCAUGAGGUGUUGAAGUUUUAACAUUGGGUUGUGCCCCUUCAAACCAUCAAUGAAAUGUUCACAUGACCUUGUUUACAUGGUCUGACCUGGCCGGGUCUGUAAGGUAUAAGUUUGAGAGUACUUCUUGUCGAAUAACGUCUAAAAGUGUACCUACAGAAAGGAAUGGUACUGGAUACAUUUAAUAUACAUUGUACUUGUUAUACUUGACAGUAUAUACAUCUCAUAUACAUGGUCUCAUACUUGAAAUGUGUCAACAGUGCACAGGUAAGCGAUUUUCUAAAUCACAACUCGACCCUUACUGAUGGCAAGCUAAUCUUUACAUUUACUAACCUAUCAUUUUAAUAGUUAAGUAUAAUUGUGUUAGAUUCAGUUUUCAGGGAACUGUUAAUUGAAAAGCUGCGAGUUUAGGGUUACGUUUCAAAUAGAAGUACAUGUAUGCAGAAGUGUGUUUGUGAAAUGUUCAGUGUGCAGGCCUACCACUGUGUUUGCAUACUCUAAUUCCUCAACCUUUUCGCAUAUGAAAGAGCAACUUUCAGUGCAAUUUAUUCAUAUUUUUACUUUGAUUUUGGAGACAAAACUUCAUUGGUUAGAUUGGCCAGUUUCAGGGCGUCAUAAAAAGUAUAAUUUUAUCAACACAGGAUAAUGUCUUCAGAAUAUGCUUGAAUAAACACCUUGCAAACAUGCAAAAAGGUUGAAGAAUUACAGUAAAUAUUAAACACACAUAAAGAUUGUAGUCUUGAAAAAACAUUAUCUGAAGAAAGAUAAUGUCGUUUUUUUUUUCUAUAUUUACUUGAGACAACUUUAGGUCAAAAAGAUAUGACCCAGAAGUUGUCAUCCAAUAGUAUCACACAGCAUUCUGUCGUACUUAUUUUGUUCCAAGUAUGCAAUGCAUUGCACAGAAAUAAAUCAUUUGCUGUAAACAGGUAUGUACAUUUGUCCAAAAUACUUGACGGUACAACCAACCCUACUGUUUUGCAAAUCCGAUUAUAGAUACCAUGUGUACAAUGGAUUACAUGUGAAUUUUUUUGGGAAAAUGUGUCAAUAGGCCGGGAUGUUAUAAAUAUAAACAAUUUAGCCUGGUUUUCUCCAAAGUUACUUUUUUGCAACAGGUAGGCCUAAAAUCCAUUAAACACAAUUUGCAUGUACUAAGCUAUCAGUAAACAGAGAGUACAACAGGUGCAUGGAUUCAAGAUGACUUAUUGCUGAUCAUGAUUUUCUUAUUUAUGUGUACAGGUUGUAUUACUGUAGUAUUAACAGUUGUCAAUAAGCUGACCUAUGCAAUCAUUUUGUCUAAUUGUGUAAAAAUGUACAGCCCUAUGCUGGAGGUAAAGAACUCUGUACAGAUCAUUAAAUGUAAUGACCUUAUAGCAUAACAUUUUACCUGUAGUCAUUAAAUGAAAUGCUUUUAACCCAUGAUGCAAGUCCUGAUUUUGCUUCCCUCCACUACAUUUCACAGUUUGACUGACCUGACCUUUUUGUUUUCUUGUUUUUGUCUUGUUUUUUUUUUUUUUGUUUUUUUCAUUAUUG